UCUGUUGACAUAUAUUUUCCUUUUCUGUUAAUUCAACUUUUUUUCCCUUUUGCCAUUGAAAGCUGUAAGUAAAAUAGCAAGCUCUUGCCGAGGAGGGGCCAAAGAGAGGAGUUGUCGCAUCCAAAAACGUCAUAUAUGCUGGGUGGUGGUGACACUAGUGGUACCGUUCUUGAAAGCAGAAGCGGCGCAGGCGGUGAAAGUGAUACCACUGCCGUUGCCGCUUCUACGGCUGCUGGCAUGGUUAGCUGCAGCGGAGGUCGUAACGGAAGCAAUGAAGCUGGUGGUGGUGCUGGCGGUAUGUUUGAUUCGAAUGGAAACAAUAGUAACAAUUCAGGUGAAGACGAUAGAGGUCGGGUCGAUGAAGGUGAGCGGACUUUCGGAGGCAACCGGUGGCCGAAGCAGGAGACUUUGGCACUCUUGAAGAUAAGGUCCGACAUGGAUGUUACCUUUCGCGAAGCUAGCACUAAGGGUCCACUAUGGGAAGAGGUUUCAAGGAAACUAGCGGAGCUUGGGUAUCAUCGAAGUGCCAAGAAAUGCAAGGAGAAAUUCGAGAACGUUUACAAGUAUCACAAGAGAACCAAAGAUGGACGAAGUGGUAAAACCGAUGGUAAGACAUAUCGGUUUUUCGAUCAAUUAGAAGCCCUCCAAAGCCAGCCUUCCAUUCAAUCAUCACCGCAACUAACGCCUGCAAUGGCGGCGGCAGGGACGACUAAUCUCCCAACUGUGCCCCAAGUCAAUGUUCCAUCCACAUCACUUACCGGUGUGCAGCAAAAUAUGGUACUUCCGAAUAUAAACGUUACAGUCCCUCCUUCCUUCCCAUCGACGACAACAAGCACUACAAUUCCGUCUUUCCCUAACAUUUCUUCGGCAGAUCUGAUGUCGAAUUCAACGUCUUCGUCCACCUCGUCCGAUUUAGGAUUAGAAGGUCAUAGGAAGAGGAAACGGAAAUGGAAGGACUUUUUCGAGAGGCUAAUGAAGGAGGUGAUUGAGAAGCAGGAGGAGAUGCAGAAUAAAUUCUUGGAAGCAAUCGAGAAACGCGAGCGCGAAAGAAUGGUCCGUGAAGAAGCUUGGAGGAUGCAAGAAAUGUCUAGAUUGAAUAGAGAACAAGAGAUAUUAAGCCAAGAAAGAUCCACUGCAGCAGCGAAGGAUGCAGCUGUUAUGGCCUUUUUGCAGAAGUUAUCCGAGCAGAAGCAGCAGCCACAGCAACAGCAGCAGCAUCGAGCUCUUCCAGAGCCAGUGUCGGCAGUGGCAUUGGCAGAUCCGCCGCCACCACCAGUUCCGCCACAAGGGGCUAAUUUAGAUGUGUCGAAGUCAGAUAACGGCGAUCAAAGCUACACACCGAGCUCUUCAAGGUGGCCUAAAGUCGAAAUCGAAGCAUUGAUUAGCCUGAGGGCUAACCUGGACGCAAAAUACCAAGACAGUGGUCCAAAAGGACCAUUGUGGGAGGAGAUAUCAGCAGAAAUGAAAAGGCUUGGCUACAAUCGAAACGCCAAAAGAUGCAAAGAGAAAUGGGAGAACAUAAAUAAGUACUUCAAGAAGGUGAAAGAGAGCAACAAGAAGAGGCCCGAGGAUUCAAAAACAUGUCCCUACUUCCACCAACUCGAUGCUUUAUAUAGAGAAAAGAACAAACAUGACAGCUCUAAACACAACCACAACUCAGUCCCACUGAUGGUACGCCCAGAGCAGCAAUGGCCUCCUCCUCCCCAGCCUCAACACGACCAUGUAAUGGAAGACAUGGAAAGUGAUCAGAAUCAAGACGAAGACGAGGAAGAAGAAGAUGAAGGGGGGAGCUUUGAGAUUGUUGCCAGCAAACCAGUUUCAAUGAACACAAAUGAAUGAUGCAUAUCAGAAAAAAAACCAACCUGAUUAGCACAAGAUGGUCAGAUAAACACCAAGAAUCAACCAUGUUGAGUUGAUGUCGUACCAAGUGGGACAGGGAUUCCGGCAAUGGUGAAAUGAAUUUUUACAGGUGAGUGAUCGAGCACACAUUGGUUGAGCUAGUCAGAGGAGCAUUUAUAUGUUUAUUUUUCAUUAUUAUUUAUUUUUUCAGAUAUAUAAAUAAGUUGAGUCUCAUUCCGCAUGAUAAUA